AUGACCAGGCAGGAGGCAGAGGCAGCGCUGGCAAAACUGGACAAGGACGGUGCCUUUGUGGUCAGAGACAGCUCCAAAGGCCAGUCAGAGCAUCCCUACACUCUGAUGGUGCUGAUGGAAGACAAGAUUUACAACAUUAAGAUUCGUAAACGAGGCGAUCAGUUCCUCCUGGGCACUGGGCUCCACCACAAAACGAGUUUCCCCGGGGUGAGAGCGAUGAUUACCCACCAUGCCCACAUCCCGCUGCUGCUCAUCGACGCCAAGGACCACAACCCGGAGACGCAGCGCCCCCUGUGCUGCCUCCUGCACCCGGUCGGACCACAGCAAUAA